AUGCAGAUAGACACGACGCAGUUGGACAGUCAUCAGCGACUUGGGAACCCGUAUGGUUCGGCAACAUCAGUCACAACGCCAAUGUAUGCUGCAACGGCGUCUCCCAGCCCGGGGCAUGCUUCCUUCAUUGCCAAUAAUGUCAAAAGAGUUCGAGAUGUCGACUUUGAUAUGCCCGUGGGUGGCCUUUCCACCUUGGGGCAACCCAGUUUCGGAAACAUGCCGCCAAGCUCUAUCAGAGCUGCUUAUGGACAGGCAGCAGCAGCGGCGGCGGCGGCGGCAGCGGCGGCGACGGCAGCGACGGCGGCAACAGCAGCUUCUUCAGCAAGCGUCUCGUCCGAUGUCUCCAGUCCCCGUCUACCUCAACAUACGCAAGGAUUGCCACAACUUCACCAUCAUCACCACCUCCCAGACCUAGAACAUUUCGGCAGGUCGAUGCAUCACGAAGACGGUAGUGGAGCUCCUAGUAUGGUUGGGCAAGCUGGCAUGCCACCGCCGGCUCCAAGACCACGGGGCCCAAAGCUCAAGUUUACAGCUGACGACGACCAGCUACUCAUUGAGCUCAAAGAGAAGAAAAACUUGAGCUGGAAACAGAUUGCAGACUUUUUCCCGGGUCGAUCCUCAGGGACGUUGCAAGUCCGCUACUGUACGAAACUGAAGGUGAAGACGACUCAGUGGACUGAUGAGAUGGACUUUAAACUUCGUGCGGCUCUCGAGGACUAUGAAAAUGAAAAAUGGCGUAUCAUAGCGCAGAAAGUCGGGUCUGGAUUUACACCUACAGCUUGCCGCGAGCGUGUUCUGCAGUUCACGGGGGAAGAUGAUACCGGUACGACAUGGCAAUCACCAUCCACGAGAUCAGGGUCAGGAGCCGAGGAAUCCGAAACAACAGAACUGCCUCAGAUACAUAGGCCAUGGCUUGAUCGAACAGAACGAAAAUGGUCCUUCACUGGGCUGGAGUAG